AUGCAAAUCAAAUCCGGACUUUGUUUCAAAGCAAAACCAUUUGUUGAGACUCUGGUAGGAAUAGCAUUAGGGGGUACAUGUGGUGCAGAAGCAGUGUCUGAAAAUGAGCUGAAUAAAGGGUCAGCUGGACUAGAGAAAGAUGAGAGUGUCCCUGAGGAGUUGCUGUCAGCAGUAGGUGAAGAAGUUGCAGAACUACCAGUUGGUGAUGAAUCCUUAGGGCUAGAAGGGACAGAGAAGUGCAAGCGGCGAGAAUCAUCCACCAUCGGCACCGGAGACGGCGUUGGUUCAGGCGAAACCCUAGCGAAAGACGGAGGCGAUGGCGAAGAAAUCGAAGCCAUGGAUCGACUCAGCAAUCUGAUACCAUAUUAG